CAAAAACAAAUUAGCAAUAGUCGUGAGUUGCUUCAUUCUACCUCCGUCUCAUCGCUGGUGUCGCCCCAUCAAUGCCACGGAAAAGAGAAGAAGAAAAAACUUCUCGAAUAGACCGAGAACCUACAGAACCGUUUAGGGCGUGGCAUUCAAAGACUGAUAUAUCGUCGUAACGAGGACGCUAAAAGCUAGUCAUCUAUCUCGGGACCUUCCGCAGAUACUGAGGCUUACGGUAGUGUGCCCACUGGAAGCUUCCAACCAAGACUUCCCAUGGAAAAUCUCAACCUUGAAAGGCUUUAGGAGCCAAAGGCAGAUACGGAGGAUUAUUCGGUGAGGAGAACUCGGAACUGCAAUAACGCAUCCAGCACUUGACGCAGACUCCGCUUUUCCAACGAGUCCGUGAAACGCAGGGAGAGAUUGUGUCCAGCAACUCCUCUCCUUUCUUGCUGUUCUACCUCACCAGGACUGUCUACAUGACAACAGGAUUACCGGCAGCGUAGCCCUAGAUUUUAUGAUAUUCCAAGGCCUCUACAACCACAUCGGUCAACCAACUACACCCCUCUGGAAGCAGGGUCCGCUCACUGGAGAUGGGGGCAGCAGCAGAGGAGGAAAAAUUGACGUUACGGGACCCGAGAGCCCUGCUAUUAAAAUUAAAACCUCACCCUUUCGAAAUACUUUUCACCAAGCACAAGUUUUCGCUUCACUGAUCAAAACUUUUGCCUCACCCUUGCGAAAUAUUUUCACCAACCACAACUUUUCCUCUUUCACUGAUGAAAACUUUUCCCCACGAACUCUUUCUUCAACCUUCUCUCAUCCCACUCAUCCAUUCAUAUCAGCUCUCACCAGAAUAACCAUCUCUGAGUACCCAUCAUCAUAUGCUCUACGUUGUGGACGCUAUUCACAAUCAUCAUGGGGUCGACCGUUUCCUCGGACGAGGAAUGGUUCGAAGCCCCAAGUGAGCCCAUCAUUGACGAGAUCAACUUUGAGCCAGACCACAAAUUGGGAGAAAACGAGCAUAGACGUAUGACUUUCGGAGACGUUUUUGGAACCGUGUCUAUCUCCUCUGAGGUGGCAUACAAAUGCCAAAUCAUGGAUGAGAAGGGUGCGUUGUUGUACAAGGGAAGCUACGCGCGUCUCGCUUUCUUGGUAUCCGACCAUAUCAGUGCUUUGACUAUAGUCCUUGGCCAUACCGACACAUUGCGCAAGGAUCCGACCAACUUCAAGGCUAUUCUUCGUUUCGCAGCCCAUGCCGUUGACAAGAUGACUAUUGCCGAUGUCACGGACAAAUCCAAAGGCCAUUGUAGUCACGUCAGAGAUCGGUGUUUCCAAGCCAACCUGAAAUACUUUCGUCAAAAUAUAUGCUCGGAACUGGUCUUUAUUCCAUCCCCACAUCCGUAUGUGGGUGAGAUUGCAGAACACAUGAUGCGUUCGGACAGCAUCGCCAUCCAUAUCUGCGGAUCAGACUUUACCUUGUCGAAUAUGUCUAGUCUCAACGACGCAUUCGCUGAAGAGGCCCGCUUGAACCCACUCAGCAAAUGGACCCCGAAAAAUGCAUCAGCUUUCGUCGUGGAGACUGGAAAAUUUCUACCGGCAGUGGAACGUCCUGACGUCGUUGAUUACGAAGCCAAGAAUACCUUCUACAACUUUUAUGAAUACAUCAUUGUUCAAACUAUAGCUGCCAUGGAAGAAGCCGAAACUACUCAAGACACUUUCAAGGAAUUUGAGCAGAGACGUCAUAAUGCAUACUUUUGUACUAUGUACGGAGGUGGCAGCCGUAUCUUCCUGGUGUUGAUCGAUGUACCUGUCAGCGACAAGAUACGCCUCAAGCCUGGUGAUGCCAUGGAGAUCUGGAAAUGCGAAGAUGAAGUUCGCGAUGAGAGUAUGAUUCCUGCUCACGCCGUCGUCACCGAGCCACUCCCUGGACUACCAAGUUGUUUCCUUUCUCUCGCAAUGUCUCGCCACUGGGACAAAACUUCAAAGACUUACAAAGGAUGGCAGGAACUGGAACCGGCAAAUGAGUCUGAUGUCACCCUUGAACGUAUCGAACCAGUCGCGCUCAAGGACCAGGACGACCUGAUGCGGAACAUUAAACUACUCAGACAGCGUGGUCCAACUGAGGUUCAGAUCAGAAUACCAAUGAACACUAAGGCUCAAGAGAACCGUAUCACCGGGAUGAAGAAGCUGAUCGAGACCCUUCAGGAGAAAGAUGAGGUGUUCACUGACCUGAAGAAUCUGAUUCUCGGAAAUGAUAUCCGUUUGAUUCGUUGCUACGAUAUAUACGAAACAAUCCGGGAUGUCAUUGACCCUGAACAAGUCAUGAAGCAGUUGAACGAGGAUCAGAAAGCUGCCGUUACUCUUGCCCGACAGGCGCCGGCGGGGGUUGUUAUCGUUCAUGGCCCAGCUGGAACGGGUAAGACUUACCUGGCGGGAGAAAUGGGUCGCCCUUUCAUCAUGGCAAACAAAGAGACAUGUCACAUCCUAGCCACGUCUAGUACAAACGCAUCGACUGAUGCUCUAGCAGCCCGUUUUCAUGGCAUUGUCUGUGAGACCGGUGUGGAGGGUCAGUACGUUGUACGCGUUCACUCAACCACAACCGAGAGAGAUAUCGCGUAUCAGCGAGCCCGCCUGGAGCGUGGUAAACCUGAUGAUGCAAAAUCGAAACCUAUCCAAGAGAAGGACGAGGAGCAAGACGACAAGGCGUUUGAUGUUUUGAAUUCGUGCAACUUCGCUAUGAUGGUGUCUAGAACUUACAAACGCCAAAAUACGCACUACGCUGAACUCAUCCCGGAUGAUCGUGUUACUAGGACAUCAAUGUCACUAUCCGUCGGGACGAGGAUUAUGCAACUCAUCGGCGAGAUUCCGGCCGAAAUUGGGGAUCCUAUGCCAAAACCUCAAGAGUUCUGUCAUCUCAAGCAGUUGUAUGCACUGUACGCUGGAAAGAUACUGGCCGAUUCCGUUUUGAAAGAGCUCAGAGAGAGGCUUAAGGAUGCGCAGAAAUAUAUCAUGGAGAAUGCCGUUGCAGUUAUCACGACCCCUGCUUUGAGCGUGCAACAUGCUGUCCAUCCCGACAUUGCUCCGAACAUUGGUGUCGUCAUGAUCGAUGAAGCUUCGAAGAUCCAUGAAAUCGACACCGCAGCCAUGAUGGGUAUCUAUGGAGGUGCAGAUGGUUGGGUUCUCGUCGGCGAUCCCUGCCAGCUCAAGCCUGUUGCCAUGCACCGUACUAGGUUUUCUCAGCAGUACGAAAAGUCUUUCCAUGAGCGUUGUAUCGCAAAUGGUACUCCCAAAGUACUACUUCAAACACAAUUCCGCAUGGCCCCUAAUAUCGCAGCUCCCCUGAACGCCGUCGCUUACGGAAAUCGCCUAAUCAACCAUGAGAGCGUCACACGAGCCCAUCGUCCUGUUCUCGCGGAAAUUGAGGACUACAACAAGGAAAAAUUCGGCAUGGCAAAGUAUGCUCUCAUGUACGACGUUCGCAACACGAAAACACAAAUCGACCCCGGUUCUGGUUCAAAGUACAACGAGGUCAUGGCUUGUUUGUGUGUAAAUCUCGCGGUUGGGUAUUUAUCCGCAUUCCCAAAGCUUAGCGUUGCUGUUAUCUGUUUCUACAGUGCUCAGCGUCGCCUGUACCUGGCCAUGAAGGACAAGAUGGUCAUCAAGAACAAAGACUUUGAACGCCUACACAUCAUCACAGCAGACGCAUGUCAAGGCCUUGAGUUCGAUGUCUCGAUUAUAGAUGUCACGGUCAGCAGCAACUCCGCAGGUUUCCUCAAAUUGAUGAAUCGGCUUGUCGUCGCCAUCAGCCGCGCCCGUCUGAGCAGCAACCUCGUUGUCGAUAAAGAGGCGGUCUACGACGCACGUUGCGACACCUUGACAAAGGUCUGCCAUGAGUAUCUGAGGUUGGGAAUGGCCGUCAAAGUCACUAAGGAUCAACAUGCACACAUGCGUACUUCCGAAUUCUACCACGCCGGCAUGGUCGACUUCUAAUGGCGGCAUCUCAGUGGACAUGUUUGGUGCGACCAACGGAUGGAAGGACUCGAAGGACUCGAAGGAUUCAAACGCGAACGAUGCUGGAACUUGGGAAGAUGGUGUGGUCGCAGAAGAAGGAAUGGAGAAUGCAAACGAUCAAACUCAACAAUGGUGAAACGGCGCAGGAAUUGAACGUGCGAGGCAUGCUCUCUUACACAAUUGCUAUCAGACACCAAAAGCUCAUGCAACCAGAGAACCUGAAGACUGGAUGAUGAACAACAGCAUGAGGAUGACCAUACUGGAAAGCAUAAGGGCUUUUGAUAAUGGACAUCGAGACGACGGUCAAGAGGUUUCCACCAACAGAAAUGAUCUUGGCGACAAUCA